AUGAUACAAAAUCGUUUGGAUCGAGGAGAAGGUCUUGAACACUUUGAAAUGACUCCCGAGCAAAUACAACACUAUCAAAUUUUGUGCCUCAAUAAGAACAAGUCUUUUUUCACGACGACUACGACUACGGCUAUGACCACGACGAGUGGUAGCAAUAGUGGUGCAUGGAUACAACAACAACAACCAUCAACAACAACACCUUCCAAUCUCCAUCCCAAUUCGGGAAUUCAUCAUCUCACGACGACAAGUACAACGAACAACGGAUCUGCUCCGAAUACUACUACUACUACUACUUCCUUGUCAUCCAUGAACAAGAACCUUUCUGUUUCUCCACCAACACCAUCAUCCAUGAUUCAUAGUCAUUCACAACCUAAUAUUAUGGAUUCAACAACAAUCAUCAUGGCGCAAUCAUCAUUCACCAGCAAUGGCGGAGGAGGAGCUUCUUCGAUCAUCGUUAGAAAUAAUUACUUGCUAUUUCCAUCUGCCUCUUUGGUGAACUUGACAAGCUUGACAGGAAAUACUUCGUACUUGUCAUUACCUAUUCCUCAACUGUGUUCCUUUAACAAGGCCAUGGAAAUAUUGGAGAAUGCUUGGGAUGAAGAUGUUUUGACAAGUGAGGAAAAGGAUGCAAUCACUUGUUUCAAACAAACGAAACGAUCUUUUACUGGUAAUGAAAAUGUAUCCAAUGCAGAGCUACAAAAUUUGGUGUGCGCCGAUCGAUUCUUAUUGGAUGUAUUCCUUCCUAUGAAUCAAUUAAUGAAUGAAAAUGCCACAACAAGUAGUCUCACGAUUGGAUUAGUAUUUUUGAAAGAUUUCAAUACAAUCGGAGAGGAACGAGCAGGUAUACUUCCGCUUGCUCUCCAAGUUGGACCUGCAAUUCUUUACUGGUCAGCAUCUAGGCAUGUGGUUUGUGACCUUCGAACAAAUACUGAGAGAAAGAAACUCAAAUUAAUACCCAUUGCAAGAAUUGAGGGAACAAGAAAAGUGGCAAUAGCGUUAGCAACGAUUGCCAAAACUUGCUGUCGAUUUAAUGGAAAACAAUAUUAUGAUGAGAUAACAUGUAAUGGACAACACUUUAUUUCAACAGUUUUAUCUAAACUCAAUUUAGAAGGAAGUAUGCUCACUCGUACGCAUUUUCAAAAUGGAGGAUAUUUUGAGGACUUGAAGCGAGGUCAAUACAAAACGGUCUAUUUCUAUUCGAAGAGUAUUAAAGAAAUUAUCAAGGAUACAAUUGAGAUUAACAAGGACAAUCCAAAAUGGAGAGAAGAAUGCGCUGCCACUAUUCACGUUCCUGUCGAGGAUAUUAAUUAUUUUUUGGACAAUGAUUUGAUUCAUUUCACAAGUCGGUCACUUUUAGACAAAUUUGGCCUAGCGAUUUCACAUUUUUCAAUCAUUGGUGGUUUUUCUGAAAAAUAUAGUAAGGAACGAUCAACUGAUAUUGACAAUUACUGGGUGAGCGAAGCAGGAAGAGAGGAUUAUGACUUUCUUCAUGUUUAUGACAAAUUUUUUGACAGUCAACUCACUGAGGAUCCAACCAAUCCCAAAUACCUACCAUUCCAAAAUACUUCCUUUUUCUUUUUUGAUGACGAUUCUAUGACCACUGGAAGUGGCUUAAUGAAACAGUCUCCUCUGGGCGAACUACAAAAGAACUACAGAAUUGCAAUUCCAUCAAGAAGAAAAAUUAAAAUGGAAGAAUAG